AUGAAAAUCCACUCCCCACGAAAAUCUCUUACGACUUUGACUGAGGCCAUUGCAGCCGCGUUGGUUGAACCUCACAGGUCUGCAAACGCUAAGCUUAUUGCUCUCCAACGGGAUGGCUUCUGUUGUGCCAUUACGGGAUCUUUUGAUCACGAUUCCGCGAUGAAGGGAUACGUCCAGCCCACGCCUGAGAAAGCGGAGGUCUACACGCAGGUUGCACAUAUCUUUGGGGAAUCAAAUAAUGAAGCCAUACUCGGGGAAGGUCAUACAGUAAAGCUCGAGUGGGCAUCAACUGCGGCAGCCCUCGUUGAACGAUACGCGGAGAUUUCUAUUCUUAAAGAGCUCAAUGGAUCAAAUAUCUACCGUGCUACCAACAUAUUCACGAUCGAUCAGGGAGUUCAUCCGUACUUCGAUGCUCUCGAGAUUUCACUUGAGCCUGUCCAGGAUACUCUGGUGAGAGGUUUUCGGUUUGUUUGA